AGUGAUGAGGCAUAAAGCGCCGUAUAAACGAACUGUGAAUUGUGUUUUAGAAUCAAAGUAAAAAGAGACGUGGUGACUGUAGACUCGGAAUGCAUAUUAGGGGCUAUACUUGUUUUAUGAUUACUUUUCUCUGUACCGGUAUUACCGGGUACAGUAUUCCGCAAUCUGUUACUUCUCACAUAUCCUGCGAGCUGAGAGAACAAGUUGAAGUGCGCCAAGAAGGGACGCCGUUCAGGAUUUACGUGAGCCAGUCCCAUUAUACCCCAGGGGAAAGUUUGGAAGUUAUGGUCAAGGCUACCGGGGGCGCCACAUUCGCAGCAGUUAUCAUGGAGGCACAUCUACGUACCUGCGACUUCUCCGAACAUACAACCAUCGGCGCUUUUAAUGGUGACGAUUCCUUACGACUGUUAAAUUGUGAGGGGAUAGCUUCUCACGCGGUUUUCCUCACUAAAAAUGGAGCCCAGGAAAAGACGUUUAAAUGGACAGCUCCGAGAAAUAUUACCAGGUUAAUAGAAUUCAGUGCUAUGAUAUUGGAAACGAACGGAACGGAUCGGGAUUGGAGAACAGUGAAAUCAGCGGCCAUAGGAAAUAUAUCCAUGUAUGUAAAAGACGAACUGUGUCCUGAAACUCCUCUGUUGAACAGCAGUUCAAUGAACCUCGGGUCCCCAAUUUACAGUAUCGGUUUCUAUCCAAUCGUGACAUUCAUCUUGAUGCAUUUGUUGACAAACUGUCAGGCUAUGACGUCGUUGACGCACUUGCUAUGA